AUGUCUCAAGCUAUUGGCAAUACUGCACUUGCAUACGCCCGUGUUUGGCAUGUCGUUGAUGCAAAGCAAAGAGUGUUGGGUCGUUUAGCUACGAAUGUUGCUACCACUUUAAUGGGAAAGCAUAAACCCAUCUAUGAUCCUGCAGCUGAUUGUGGUGAUUAUGUGGUUGUCAUUAACGCCAAAGAUAUCCUCGUUUCAGGCAAGAAAGCAGAACAAAAAUUAUAUCGUCACCACACAAUGCAUCCUGGUGGAUUAAAGGAAAUCAACUUUGAGAAUUUACAAGCAAAAGAUGCUACUGAACCUAUUCGUAAGGCAGUAUCUGGCAUGUUGCCCAAGAACAAACUUCGUCAAGUGCGUUUGGAUCGUUUAAAAAUCUUUGAAGGCAGUGAACAUCCAUAUGAAGCCAACAUUAUUAAACAACAUGGUGUAUAG